GUGACGGGUUCCCCCCAGUGCCUGCCCCGGCCCCAGCGCUGCCCCGCGCUACGCCGCGCCGGGGCUGGUGCCGGCGCUGGGUAGCAGGAUGGGCUGCGUCCAGAGCAUCACCUGCAAGGCGCGGAUCCGGCGGGAGAACAUCGUGGUAUACGAUGUUUGCGCCACCAUCGACCAGUGCCCCACGCUCAUCGAAGAAAGCUCACCCAUCGUCCUGCGGUACAAGACCCCUUACUUCAAAGCCUCCGCCCGCGUGGUCAUGCCCCCCAUCCCCCGCAACGAGACCUGGGUGGUAGGCUGGAUUCAAGCCUGCAACCAGAUGGAGUUCUUCAACACGUACAGCGACCUGGGCAUGUCAAGCUGGGAACUGCCGGAUUUGAGGGAAGGGAGAGUAAAAGCCAUCAGUGACUCAGAUGGGGUGAGCUAUCCAUGGUAUGGGAAUACUACCGAAACUGUGACCUUAGUCGGCCCCACCAACAAGAUCUCCAGGUUCUCAGUCAGUAUGAAUGACAAUUUCUACCCCAGUGUGACAUGGGCUGUCCCUGUAAGUGAUAGUAAUGUUCCACUGCUGACGAGGAUCAAGAGGGACCAAAGCUUUACCACCUGGCUAGUGGCCAUGAACACAACCACAAAAGAGAAGAUUAUCCUACAGACCAUCAAGUGGAGGAUGAGAGUGGACAUUGAGGUGGAUCCCCUACAGCUUCUAGGGCACCGAGCCCGGCUGGUGGGCAGGACUCAGCAGGAACAGCCUAAGAUCCUGAAUCGAAUGGAACCCAUUCCCCCCAAUGCACUAGUGAAGCCCAAUGCCAAUGAUGCCCAAGUCCUCAUGUGGAGACCCAAGCGAGGACAGCCUCUGGUUGUGAUACCUCCUAAAUAGAAUAUGAUUGUGUGUCUGGUACACACAGCCAAGGAGUGUAAUGAUGCUGUCAGGGCAUAGUGUGAACAAAACUGAUAUUCUGAGCCAAAGCAGACCUCUCGGGUUUGCCUGCCUUUGCAGCCACUAGUAAAAAAUGGGGUUGCUCUUCAGGCAGAGGAAUCAUAUUCCCUGGGAAGGUCCCUCCUUAUUGAGGAAAGGAAAUCACUGAUCUUAUGGACUUCCUGUGAUGCAUCCUGUGGGUAGCCAUACUUCAGGGCUGAUUAAGGAGGCUUCCUUUACCUGAACAACUGAACUUAAUCCUUUGCAGUGAGACACAAGGAAUGAAAACACAAUUAAUCAGUGCCUGUGGCAAAUGCUGCUUCCCAACCAUUAGAAGUGGAAAUGGAAAACAUCCAUACCAGGUGUUUGUAAGACAUACAGUCCUGAUGACUGAUAAGAGGGUGUUGUGAAAUGGGGUUGAAAGUUGGGUGGUAGUGGGGUGGGGAAAAGGGACAAAAAGGGGGAGGAAUCAUUACCAUAUUUAUACCUAUGCAUUUUAAUUGAUAAUCACAUGGUCAACAUGUUCAUUGGAAUGAAAGGAUUGUUUACAAAGGGGGCAAGUGGUGUGUUGUGGGAAUGUGUUCUAAACUGUGAUGGAGCCCAAUCUGCAUAGAACUGUCCUAGGUGCUGAAGCAAAGUACAAUGUGAACCACGAAUGGUUUCAUCUACCUUCCUCUUUCCAGUAAUUAUUUAGAGUAAUUUUAAGUCUAGUAUUUUGCAUGCAUAGUUCCUGUAUUCUACAGUAGCUAUGAUGUUUGGAGCCCUCCCCACAUUGCCAGUGAAAUCCAAAUUAUGAUUUCCUUUAUGACUUAUCUACUCCUUCCACACUACCAGUCCUAACUUUGCAAAAAGAAAAUCAUUUUAAGUGAAUGGUGGAGCCACAAAUCCACUUAAGGAUUCAAAAGCAUUUCAACAAACUUGAAUAGUAUUUCCUUUCUAUCUGUUUAGCAUUUGAAUGGCUGGCACUUCCUAUGGGAUGCAUAUAUCAGAAUGAAGUAAUAAAACUACACGCAAGUUCUGCAAAUAUAAAUGUACCAUAUGUGCAUAUGUAGUAUAUAUACUAUAUAUUCAUAUAUGUACAUAUAUGUAUGCCCCAUUUCAUAACAACUUCAAGUAACAUUUUCAAAUGAAUGGGUGUUUGUGAAAAAUGACAUCACAGGUUACCUAUGGAGCUUUAAAGAAAAUUGUCUGCAACCAUAGAUGCAAUCAAAGCAUUUUAGAACUGGGAAGAAAAAAACUUUUCAGAGAUUACUUGGUCUCUUAAUUUUGAAAUCUUGUAUUCCAGGAAUCAGAUAAUUUUAAAUGCUAGGUCAUUUAUUCUUAAACCACAUCAAUAUGAAAUAUACUAUUGUCUAAAGUGGUUCCAUCCUCCACUGUCAGAAAACUUCGUGUAUUUCAAGACCUCCUAAUUUAUUUUUCUUCACACCAACUAGAAAUUUAGCCACAAAGGAAGCAAACCAUGGUAUUGGUGAUAUCUAGUAGACUCUUCAUUCAAAACAUUUAAUGAAUUUUCAUCUUAAAAUCUUCACAGUGCCCUGUGCACUGGCCCUUCUGAGCUCCAUAUUUUGGAAUGAAGAAUCUAGGAUACAGAAGGGUUCUAACAAGUUUGUAGAUUGAUAAGACUCCAAAGAUCUAUUCAUUGAUACUAACCACCAUCAUUAUAUUGAAAGAUCUGCUGGCACUUAGUUUGAUGAAUCUGAUACUUAUGUUAAAAAUGAUUACUGAUUUUAUUUUUUCCUGUAGAACAAUUAUUAUUGUCAUGAAAGGGUUAAGUAAUUUUCCCCAAAUGAGUGAGGGCUGGACUUUAAAUUAGUGAUUUGUACCCUUGUCCCCUAACCACCAGGUACUGUCUAAUAUAGAUUAGCUAUUGACAGUAAGCAGGUCUCUUUAUAUCUAACACACUAAUGACCCACCAGUGAAUCUCAGAAGACCUGGAAACAUUCCCAUUUAGGAAUAAUUUAGUUGCUGCAUUUUUCCUCCCACUUUCCCAUCCCUUUCUUCCUUGUUUGUGGUGGGUGGUUUGCCCAAAGAGGGAAAUCUUCAUAGUUGGAGAAUGGAUUUGUUCAGUCCUCACUCUGAUAUCAAAAUUACCAGUCUGCAGCAACACUAAUUGAGU